UUUUUUACUUUAUUUAUUUUUUUAAAGUGAAUUUCGCAACCGUUUAACACUUAAUACUAUAGUAUCAACUCAACAGCGCCGUCGUCUCUCCGCCUACUGAGCUCGCCGGAGUUAUCAUCAUCGUUCAUUUUGAUAUCCUCAGAUAGGUAGGAGGAAGGAACAAAAAUGCCACCUUAUGAUUGCAUGCUUUUGUUCAAGCCGAAUGUGAAAAAAGAAGCUCUAAUUGGUUUAGUUUCAAGGAUUGGGAAACAUGUGUGUAAAAGAAAUGGGGUUGUCACUGAGGUUAAGAGUUUUGGAACGAUUCAGUUGGGUUAUGGUGUGAAAAAGCGUGAUGGCAGAUUCUAUCAGGGCCAAAUGAUGCAAGUGAGCAUGAUGGCUACACCCGAAAUCAACAAAGAGCUGCAUUACCUAAACAAGGAGGACAAACUACUGCGUUGGCUACUGGUUAAGCAGCGCGACACAAAGAUUGGGCUUGAGUUCAUGGGAGAUGAAGGUAGAUUUGAGCCAAACAGAUUCUCUGUAAUAAAUAAAGAUGAUGGCGAGGAUAGUGAUACAGACGGAGAUGAUGAUGAAUAUGAAGUGAAUGAAGAAGAAAAUAAAGUGAACUAAAAUAUGGUUGUAUUCAAUAUUUUGUUUGUUUCCAUUAGGAGAGGAUAAAAUCGUUGUGCAUCAUAGGUGCCAAACAUGUGCUUAUUGAUAGUUUUACAUAACAAUCAGACAUAAUCAGUGACCUUGAAGAUGUUUAGUAAACUGCAUGAUGUCUCUUGAUUUUAGAUAAUUUCUUUGUAGUUUGGUAAAAUGAUUGAUUUACAAAUGUACGGCUUUGAACAGUCGAGUUUAGAUUUUAGCUA